CACGCUCCCGGAAGUGGGAGGUGUCUGCUCGAGUUUGUGUGGCCGCCGCCGCGGGAACAGCAGCCGGUAGUUUUUCCACGUAGAGAGGCGAGGUCUUCGAGUCUGGCGGCGUGAGAGUGAGCGAGUGUCGGUCUCCACAGCCCUCUUCUUACGUGACACCCGGCAUGGAGCCUGAUCAGCGCCUACAGCCUGGCGGCAAGGCCGUGGCUCCCGCGCGGCAGGAGUCGCCGCGGUCCGAGUCCGGGGAGGAGCCGCAGCUCCGGCAUCCCGAGAAAAAGCAACGAUGUAGGUAUGAUGGCCAAGAAACAAAAGGAUCUAAGUUCAUUACCUCCCAUUCAAGUGAUUUCAGUGACCCAGUUUACAAAGAGAUUGCUAUUACAAAUGGUUGCAUUAAUAGAAUGAGUAAGGAAGAACUCAGAGCUAAACUUUCAGAAUUCAAGCUUGAAACCAGAGGAGUAAAGGAUGUACUAAAGAAGAGGCUGAAAAACUAUUAUAAGAAGCAGAAGCUGAUGUUGAAAGAGGACAAUUGUGCUGACAGUUACUACGAUUACAUUUGUAUUAUUGACUUUGAAGCUACUUGUGAAGAGGGUAACCCACCUGAGUUCAUACAUGAAAUAAUUGAAUUUCCUGUUGUUUUACUGAAUACUGGUACCUUAGAAAUAGAAGAUACGUUUCAGCAGUAUGUGAGACCAGAGGUUAACACCCAGCUUUCUGAUUUCUGCAUCAAUUUAACUGGAAUUACUCAGGAUCAGGUAGACAAAGCUGAUACCUUCCCUCAGGUACUGAAAAAAGUAAUUGACUGGAUGAAAUUGAAAGAAUUAGGAACAAAGUAUAAGUAUUGCAUAUUAACAGAUGGUUCGUGGGAUAUGAGUAAGUUCCUAAACAUUCAGUGCCGGCUCAGCAGGCUCAAAUAUCCUCCUUUUGCUAAAAAGUGGAUCAAUAUUCGAAAGUCAUAUGGAAAUUUUUACAAGGUUCCUAGAGGCCAAACCAAACUGACAAUAAUGCUUGAAAAACUAGGAAUGGAUUAUGAUGGGCGGCCACACAGUGGCCUUGAUGACUCCAAGAAUAUUGCCCGAAUAGCAGUUCGAAUGCUUCAGGAUGGAUGUGAACUCCGAAUUAAUGAAAAAAUGCAUGCAGGACAGUUAAUGAGUGUGUCUUCCUCAUUACCAAUAGAGGGCGCUCCACCUCCACAAAUGCCACAUUCUAGAAAAUAACAGCAUUUUUGCCUUUUGCCCAUGGAUCAUUCACUAUAACUGGAGUUGCUACAAAGGGGUAGCAGAUGAAUACUUAUUGAACUAGUCUUGCAGUGCAAAAUUUAAGCACCUUAGAUAUAAAUCUUAUUUACAGUUAUAGAUACAUAUACGUGAACAGAUUCUGUGGAGAGGGCAUAUUGAAUUAUUUGUCACCAGCACUUUUAUAUGAGCAGUAAUUGUUACACAGUAACAGUUCCUUUAGAACUGAAUUUUAUAGUUUAAGGUGUCUAAGAUGUGUUUCUUUUGGUUUUAAAUGCAAAGGUUUAUUGAGUUUCCCUUUGUCAUCUCUUACUGAGUUAAAAUAUAUAAUGUAUUUCUACAUUAACAUCAUUAGAUCAAAUUAUUUCUUAAUUGCAGAAAAGAUUGGAAGGUGGACCUUAUAUAGCUUUUGGCUUCUAAUAAUAUAGUCCUAUUGAUUUUUGAAGUUUAUAUGUGAAGUUCAACUGUUUGUGGUGAAUUUCAUAAAGUACGUGGUACACAUACUUGUCUGUGUUUGUUUUCAAUUUAUAAUUGUAAGACUUGUGAUAGAUUAUAAGGUCUGGUUAAAAAUUUAGCACUGAUGACAAUGGCAGGGCAGAAGAAAAUACCAUUUAAAGGAAUAUCAGGGCUAUACUUCAGACUUUAUAAUACACAGAUAAAUCAGUGGGAUUUGGGGACUUGGCUUUUUGAUUCCCCUCCUUCUCAUGACAUAUAUCUGCCCUAAUUCUUAAAUCUAAGAGACCAUGCUUUGAAGUAGACUUAAAACUAAGGGUCAUAAUUUUUUAUUUGUAUUCAACAUUGUGAGUGAGGUUAAUAAAGUCAAGUAAUGCUUUCUACCAUGUUUUAUGUUUUUAUUAUUAAAAACUGAUUUUACGUAGUGACCACUAAAUGUUGAAUAGUUAAUUUUUAACCAGUUGUAAAAACAAAAAUGUGUUGACAGAGUUGAGAAAGGAAAACUCUUUUUAUUUAGAAGCUAAAAGUACGUAUUUUCAGACUUGCAUUUUCUCCUAUAGCUUUCAUGAACAAUUUCAUCGGCAUUUUUUUCCAUGGAGCAUUUUCAUUGACAUUGCUUUUUUCUUUUUUAAUAAUUGUGAUGCUACUUUAUUUUAAUGAUUUAUGUGUUAUAAUCAAAUGAAUUUUAUAGAGGUUUUUCAACCGUGAUGGAUAGGAUAAAAGGUAUUUUUCUUGGUAUGAAAAUAUACACAGUGCUGUAGGGUUCCUACUUAAAAGAAUGAAUUUCUGCCCUUGGGUAGUAGUUGUAGAAUCAGCAUAAUUGAGAAUAACAGGUGGACAAUAGAAGGCACAGGGGUAUAUGAUGCGCUUAGACAAAUUGAUGUGGAGUAUAAUGAAACAUCUAGAAGUUUUGGGUUUUUACAGUAAACUCUGGAGGUGAAGUGAAUAUAUGCUGAGAUUUUUGAAUAACAAAUAUCACCAUAUAAUAUACCAUAUGAUAUUACUGAAAGUUUUAAAGAAUUUCCUUCAAAUACUUGCUGAGCUACUGUGCCAUGGCAGAGAAUCGCAAAUCACUAUUGAAAUGUGGAUGCUAGGAGAUCCAUUUGACAUACUCCUUGGGUGAUUUUGCCACAUUAACCACAUUACCGUAGAAUUCAAAUUCAUGGCCAUGGCAAAACUGGAAUUACCUUUCACCAGCUUCCAGAGUUGCUCAUCAAUAGCUGAAGCUGCAAGUGGGAAAUCUGAGAAUGACAAAGAAAUAUUACCUUGCCCUCCUUUUUUGUUUCUUUUUAAGUCAAGCUGCCAAUUUCUUUGCUGAUUUUUCUUUUUGCUAAGUACCCAAGUACCAAGAAGCUCAUUUUAUAUUUAUUGUUAAGACCUCAACAUUAUAAGCUCUCAAUAUCCUUUGGCUCAACCAAAUAUUUUAUCUGGUGAUGCUUUAUAGUCCUAAUUCAUUUUUCUAGACUUUAUGCAGAAAUAAUGGACAAAUAUAAUUGUAUAUAUUUAAAGUGUAAAUGUGAUCAUUUGACACCCAUUGUAAAAGGAUUACCAAGAUCAAAAUAGUUAACACAUGUAUCACCUCAUAUUUUUAUUUUUAUUUUUUUGGUGGUAAGAAUUUCUAAGGUCUCGGCAACUUUCAAGGAUAUAAUACUGUUUAACCAUUGUUACCUUGUUGUACAUUAGAUCCUCAGAAUUUAUUCUUUUUAUAACUGAAAGUCUGUACCCUUUGUCCUAUGUCAUCCCAUUUUCCC